UUAAUAAUGCAUGGCAGUAUGGAUUAUUCUGCAUAAAAGACAUUGGAAGCCCAACUGCACAAGACUGACAAGACUCUUUUUCUCUCUCCUCUCCUCUCUCUCCACUGCUUCCUGAUCUUCUUAUCUCUCCCCCAAAGGUUUGGUACUAUUCAAAGAACCAAACUCUUUUAGAGAAAAAUAAUCAGAAAUUGGGUUUUGAUCCUUGUUUCAGUUUUUCAACAAAAUCAUUUGAGUUAUGGCCACCCAUCAGCUGGAAAAAACCAAAGAAAUUGCUCUAGACACCCUCAGCAGGCAUGAAGAAGAAAGGUUAAAACAGUUACCAAAAACUGCCCCUGCCUCACCACCUUCAUCUUCCUCCUCCCCCUCCCAUGAAUUCUCCUUCACAAUCUCUCUCCACACUUCUUCUUCUUCCACGUCAAACCCUAAUCACCAAUCCAAAUCCAAAACCAGCACCACCCCACCUUCUUUCGCCAUUGAUUUGUCCCCCGCAGAUGAAAUAUUCUUCCACGGCCACCUCCUCCCCCUCCAGUUUCUCUCCCAUCUCCCCGUCUCUCCUCGCUCCUCCACCAACUCCCUCGACAGCUUCACCCUCCCCCUCAAAGAGCUGGUAGAAGAUCAAAAACCAACCAGAGAAACCGCCACAACCAAUGCCGAAAACUGCAUUCGAAACCGAAACAUCCUAAACAAGAAGAACAACAGCUGCAGCAGCAUCGACAAGAGAAUCCCACGUCAGGGAAGCAAACACGAGACCAGGGGAAGAACAAAGCCCAAGUCCUUUUCGAUUUUCGGGCUUCCCAGAUGGCGAAAAGAUUGUGAAAAUAGCGAAAAGGAGGAGAACAACAAGGAGAUGAAGAACAAGAGGAAGGUGAGGUUUGACGUGAGUCACAUACUGAAGAGGUACGUGAGAAUGGUGAGGCCGCUGUUGUUGUUUAGAGGGAGGAGAGAGAAGGGGCAGUUCCGGCGGCAGCCCUAUUCGUUUUCGGGGAAUUUGAGCAUGUUAAACAAACAUGAGUUGAGAGGAAGGAGGGGACAGUUUUCGGCGCCGGCGUCAAUGAGGACAUCUCCGACGAAUAGUGGGCAUCUUGUUGCAACUGCAGCUACUAAUGUUCCUUGUUCUUCAAGUGACAGCACCAUGGAAGAGUUGCAGGCUGCAAUUCAAGCUGCAAUUGCUCAUUGCAAGAACUCCAUUGCCACAGAAGAGAAGCCCAAAUGUUGAAGAAAAUUAGAUAGGAAGGUAUAAUUCAGGGGGAAUUUUAUAUUUGUUUGAUUAAUUAUUUGCAUAUAAAAGGGAUUUUCAUAUAUAUAUGAUGAUGGUGUAUGUAUUAAAUGAGUUCAAAAAAAAAAAAAUGUUCAGUAGAUUACUCCAUCUGCAUUCAAAUUGGUUUAAAAUUCAAACAUGAGCAAUUCACGAAUGUAGAUGCGUUUUCUUUUUAUGGUUACACAAGUAGACUUGAUUUUCA